AUGGCCGCCCAAUGUCGGCUGGUCCAAGGUGCGGCCAGCAAGCGCGGGGCCAGGAGGAGGGGCCGCCUGGCUGCGAUGCCGCCUUGGCCACUAGGUCCUCUGCGGGACACUUGUCACACCCAGAGCUGGGCGGCGGCGCCCUGCAGCUCGCCGCCCGAGUCCACUGAGGCCAACCCACCGCCCAGGCUGGGGACCCGGGCCUCGCCGCACUCCCCUUCCCCUCCUCGGGCUUCCCCCUUCCUCUCCUCCCGCUCGGGGAGCCGAGUCCCGACAGCCCGGGAGCCCCGGCUGAUUUCCUCCUCCUCCCGCCCGGCGGGCGCAGAGAGGCCGCCCCUGCGGCCGCUCCGCACACCUCCCCGCCCCCCGCCCCGCUCGGGGGGCAACGCCGGGCUCCGGGCGGCCCGGGCCCCGCCAGGCCCCGCACUCACCCUAACGGCGCUGCCGCAUGCGGGGCGCCCGCGGCCCGCGUCCGCUGCAGGCUCGGGUCCGAGGGGCGCGGGCAGCCGGGCGCCGGGUCGGGCCGCUGGGUCGGGAUCCCGCUGCCGCCGCGCCCUCGGGGCCGGUCACAUCCCGGCUCUGCAGCGGCCCCUGGUCCCGGAGGCGGCUCUUUGGGGCCGCGGCUCCCUCCUCCCCGCCCCCGCCCCGCGGGGACGCCCCCCCUCUGACGUCGACGCCGCCGAUCGGCCCGCCCGCCGCCCCCCGCCGAGGGUCUCCAGGGUCCCCGGGCCCCGCGGCCCCGCCGGCCGCGCCCGGCUGGGAGCCCGCGCGGUGCGGCUCGCGGGGCGGGAAGAGCCGGCCAGAGGCCCGGCCGCGCCGCGCGGCUCCCACCCGAGGCUCGACAGCCAGGACGGCGGGACCGGGGCGCGGAUCCGGCCCGCACGCACCCGCGACCCAGCGGCGCACGCGGCGCACGGGGCGCCCGGGGCGCACGCGGUUUCCUGGCCGGGCGCUCGCCGUCCGACCCGCGCGCCGUCGGCCGACCACGCCCGGCACAUUCUCACACCUCCGCGCUCCGGUUCCGAGCACCGCGGCGACGCCAGCGGCGGCCCGGGAUGA